CUCCCCCGAGCAUCCUCCCCGAUGCCUGCGACUGGAGCCCCCGCGAGUUUUCCCCGGGUGCCCUCGCCUCGCUCCGCCUCCUCCCUCUCCCCAGGUCCUAGCCUCCCCCCGCCCUUGUCCACAUGCACACAGGCUGUUCCUCCGGGUGUGCAUGCCCUGCCAGGGACGAACGAUAGCUGCAGGCGGUGCUCUCCUCCAGCACCCCCGAGUAGUGGGCUGGCGAAGGCACCGUAUAAUUAGCAGGCCUUGGAAAACGGGAGAUGGACCAGGAGUUGAAAUUUCUACAGUAACUUUUGGGAUGGACCGGUAUGAAGAUAUGUCAGAGGGUGAAGUGGACCACUCUUUCUUUGAUAGUGAUUUUGAGGAAGAGCCAAAGAAAGAAGAAAACCCUGUUGUAGCCAGUGCCGAAGAACUUAGUGAGCUCAUAGAAAAAGGAGGUAUACACAUUGCCAAAUCAGACUCAGAAUCAGAAACAAAACUGAAGCAAGAACACAGUGCUGAGAAUGAAAGUGAAGAGAAAAAGAGAGAGUCACCAAAGGAACAUUCCAUAAAUGGUGGCACUGACCAUAGUGGGAAUGCUUCAUCACAGUCAGUUUCUUUAAGUUCAGAAAAUGCAAGUACGUCUGGUAGAAAUUCUGCGCUAAGUAGAAGAAUAUGUGUAAAUAUUCCAGCUGGGAUCCCCAAAAUAGUUAGAGAAGGUGAGGAGGAUUAUUAUACAGAUGAAGAAGACAGUAGUGAUGAUGGCAGAAAACAAAGGGUUAGACCUAAAUCAGUUAAGCAAUCCAGUAACAUAAAGAAAGUUAACAAAAAGUAUACCAAUAUUAGCUCAUCGUCAUCCUCUUCCUCCUCUUCAAGUUCAGAUACAGAUGGUUCAGAUAUGGAUUCUGAUAGCUGCAUAUCAGAUUCAUCACACUCUUCCUCAAAGAGAAGUAUAUGUAACGUGGCUCUUCUAUCUCCAAGACAAAAAUUCAGGCCAGGAAUAAAGUCAGUGGAACUAAAACCAAAGCUUGGUGAAUACACAGAGGAGUCUGAAGAUACAGUGACUGAUGUAACACCUCUGUCAACACCAGACAUCAGUCCUAUCCAAUCUUUUGAACUUGCAGCAUCAAAUGAUAAGAAACUGAAAGUAAAAAGACAAGAAAAUGUGAGCCAAGAUUUACAGGAUGCUGAGUUUGAUCGCAGACAUAAUCAAAAGGUCUUACAUGAUGCUGUGGACCUGAAUCAGCUUUUGAAAGCUUUUCUACAUUUGGAGAAAAAGGAACAGCAACAACUCGUCAUUGAUCAGCCUACUUCAGGGUCAAGGAAAAAUUACUCUUUCACAAAUGAGGAAGUAAGACAAAUUGAUCGGGAAAACCAAAGGCUCUUAAAAGAAUUGUCCAGACAAUCUGCAAAGCCAAGGAGCAAAAGUGCCACUCUGAAGAAACCUGCUGGCCUGCCACCUAAGUUGUACCAUAGUGCUCUCAACAGACAAAAGGAGCAGCAAAGGAUUGAAAGAGAGAAUCUGGCUCUUCUAAAGAGACUGGAAGCAGUGAAACCGACAGUUGGUAUGAGGCGUUCUGAACAGCUCAUGGACUAUCAGCGUCAUAUGGGUUAUCUAAAUUCUUCACCAUCCACAAGACGAGGAAAGUCUGCUCUAAGCCAGCUUAGCUCUUCAAGAGGAGCUUCAAGAGCAUCUAGUGCAUCCAGUACAGUCAGUCAUAGGACUGAGAGACCAGUUUCUGAUGCAUCUAGUGGGGCAUUACGGAGACCAAAACCCACUAAUGUUCAUGCUGCUUGGUUAUAAAUUGUUUGUACUUUGCCCAGAGUUCUUACCUGAUCGCCAGACUUAUAUUUCUAUUGCUUUUGUAGAUUAUCUCUGUGCAAGAAUAUUGUCAUAGUUGUUUGCUGAUUAAAGUGCACUGCUGUGUGGUGUAAUUUCUUGUAAAUUGGUUUUAAAUGGACAAUUUCACUUUAAUCAGUGUUUCCUGAGAGAGGAUGUAUUUAUAAAAGAGAGAGGUGAAAAUUGAAAUAGCAAAUUAUUUGCAAAGCACAAAUGAAGUUCACACUUGUGAAGGAUGGAAAUGCUGCGCUUUGGUUCCAAGAUGUAAAAAUUUGUUUUUAAUUAAAUCUUUAAUUUGCAAUAAACUUUUAAGUAUGUGCUUAGUUUGUAAACAGUCCUCAUUUUUCAUCCUUGUUUGAUCUUCAGAACUUCUAGAUCAUGCAAUAAUGGUUCAAAGUGUUUUCUUUUUAUUACAGUUUGUGGAAAUGUUUUUGAUAAAAAGUAGAUCUAUAUGUUUUGAUUUUCUUAUUCAUGCAGGAAGAGGGUAUAUAAACAUCUGAUUGUUGUGCAGAAUAGUGGAGGAAAUCUACCUUGUAGCAGCAACAAAGCCAUUCUGGUUGCACAGCAGUAGCACAUCCUGCAUCCUCAACAUUUUAGCUCACUCACAUGAAAGGAAGUGUCUUGUUCUGCAACUAUUGCAGAGCAUUCUAGCUGAAUAAAGAAGUGGUGUUCAUUCUGGGUCAGAGAUGAUGUGUUUUCCUGACUUACAGACCUACACACAAGGAAAAAAGAACCUGCUGUACUGGGUGGAAAUAUUUGUUGGAUAGGAGAAUAAAUGUGAAGUGAAAUUCUAAUGUGAGGUCCAAUAAAAACAGAAAAUUCAACUAUUCCCCAAACUGGGUUAAUAGCCUUUACCUUUAGUGAUGGCACUACUUGCAGACCUCUGCCCUGGCUCACUGGUGGGAACAGAUGGAGCUGUGGGACACAAAUUUAGUAGUAUAACAUUCAAGUUUUGAGAGAUACUAUCAACCAGGAUUAGAAAAGAGGACAAAGUAGAAUAUAUAAGGAUAAAUCUGAAGUUUUGCAUCUUUAACUUAACAUUAAAAAUAUGUUUUAUACUAGAUCUCUUAAGUGGUUUCAGAACAACCUUAGCACCGGUUUCCAGUUCUAUAAAAAUCUUACAUUUAUUAUGUAAAUAGUAACUGAAGGCAGUAUGUGAUGUAGUUUAUUUCCAUAUCUAAACUGCAGCAGGCAUUUUGGUCACUGGCCGCAGGAUUUUCUUUCAUAAAGAGCAUGAAUUAUGAUCUGCUAUCCAUAGUUACUACUGUACUUCUGCUUGUUGUCUUGCUUCCCUUAUGGCAGAACUAUCGGGUGGUCUUUCUAUUAAACUUAAAUUAAAAAGCUUUGUUAAAUAGUAUCGAGACCUAGACCUACAAAAGUCAAAUCCAUUUUCUCCCUCCGUGUUUAGCACAAUGGCAUAAGUUUUUGAAUAUUUAAUAUUGUGAUACACUUGGCACACAGAAUCAUCUAGUUUCUUUGGUCCUCUCUGAUAACUUGACAGAAUUGUAUGAGUUAAAGAAGUUGUACCUCUGAACCUGCUGACUUUUGUGAAUUAAAUUUUUAUAUGCUUGACAAUGUUUUAACAGUUUUUAACUUUAAACAGUAGUAUGGAAAAAAGCUAUAAUUGAAAUUAUUCUUUCAUUGUUACUGUAAUGUGUUCUUUUAAUAGUAUUGCUGUAAUUAUUUGUAUAACUGUGCUGAUUAAAAUUAUUCACCAUU